AAAGGCGCCUUUCAAAACAGCAGCCCUGUCUGAUUUAUGGAGAAAAACGGAGCGAGCUGUUGAAGGGCGUGCAGCAAUAUUUUUUAGAAUAAAAAGUUGAAAGAAAUUCGUCCAAAGAUAUGGCGGAUCCUGCAUUAUUAGAAAAAGAAGAGGGAGGUAAGUCAGACAGUUAUCGUGUUGCUACCAAGACUAGCUCUAAAGAUGCGACAGCUGGCAGAAAAGGGAAGAAAGGGAAGAAGAAGGAACAGAUGGAUGAUUUAAAAAAGGAGUUGGAAAUGACAGAACAUUCCAUGGAACUUUCUGAAUUGUUGGCGCAAUUGGAAACCAAUCUGGAAAGAGGCUUAACUUCUGCAAAAGCACAGGAACAUUUGGAGAGAGAUGGUCCAAAUGCUUUAACUCCACCAAAACAAACACCUGAAUGGGUUAAGUUUCUAAAACAGUUGUUUGGUGGUUUUGCUAUGUUGUUAUGGGUUGGAGCUGCACUCUGUUACUUUGCUUAUGGUAUUCGAUCAGUCAAAGAAGAGGAUCCUAGCAAGGAUGAGUUGUAUCUUGGAAUUGCUUUAACAGUUGUGGUUGUUAUUACGGGUUGUUUCUCAUAUUAUCAGGAAUCAAAGAGCUCAAAGAUUAUGGAAAGCUUUAAAAAGAUGAUCCCACAAGAAGCUUGUGUGUUACGAGAUGGUCAAAAGCUCAAUAUCAAUGCAGAGCAAUGCGCACUUGGGGAUAUCGUGUUUGUCAAGUUUGGUGAUCGUGUACCUGCUGAUUUGCGUAUUAUUGAAAGUAGAGGAUUUAAGGUUGAUAAUUCAUCACUAACUGGAGAAUCUGAGCCUCAAGCUAGAAACAAUGAAUGUUCAUCAGAAAAUCCUUUGGAAACCAAGAAUCUUGCAUUCUUCUCUACAAAUGCUGUUGAGGGAACAGCCACUGGUAUUGUUGUGCAAAUCGGUGAUAAUACAGUUAUGGGACGUAUUGCAAAUUUGGCAUCUGGACUUGGUAGUGGAAAAACACCUAUUGCUUUGGAGCUUGAACAUUUCAUUCACAUCAUCACAGGUGUUGCUGUCUUUCUCGGUGUCAGCUUCUUAAUCAUUUCUCUUGCUAUGAGCUAUCACUGGCUUGAAGCAAUCAUUUUUUUGAUUGGUAUAAUUGUAGCUAAUGUUCCAGAAGGAUUACUUGCUACUGUUACUGUGUGUUUAACGUUGACUGCAAAGAAAAUGGCUGCAAAGAAUUGCUUGGUGAAGCAUUUGGAAGCUGUUGAAACAUUAGGUAGCACAUCUGUCAUUUGCUCUGACAAAACUGGUACACUUACACAAAAUCGUAUGACAGUUGCUCACAUGUGGUUUGACAAUCAAAUCAUUGAAGCUGACACCACAGAAGAUCAGUCUGGCAUCUCUCAUGAUAAAGCUUCUGGAACUUGGCAAGCUCUUGCACGUAUUGGUGCAUUGUGUAAUCGUGCUGAAUUCAAACCAAACCAGGAGGAAUUGCCAAUUCUUAGAAAAGAAUGCAAUGGUGAUGCUUCAGAAACUGCCAUUUUGAAAUUUGUUGAAUUAUCUGUUGGCAGCGUUAUGGACAUGAGAACAAAGAACAAGAAAGUUGCAGAAAUUCCUUUUAAUUCAACAAAUAAGUACCAAGUUUCUAUCCAUGAACAAGAGCAGGAAGAGGAUCCACGAUACUUGCUUGUUAUGAAGGGUGCACCAGAACGGAUUUUGGAGAGAUGUUCUACUAUCUUGUUAAAGGGAGAAGAAAGAGAAUUAGACAAGGAAAUGAGAGAAUGCUUCAACAAUGCAUAUGUUGAACUAGGUGGAUUGGGAGAACGUGUUUUGGGUUUCUGUCAUUACUAUUUACCAGCUGAAGAUUUUCCAGUUGGAUUUGAAUUUAAUACAGAUGAUCCACCGAAUUUUCCUCUUGAAAAUUUGUGUUUUGUUGGUUUAAUGAGUAUGAUUGAUCCUCCGCGUGCUGCUGUGCCUGAUGCUGUUAGUAAAUGUCGAAGCGCUGGUAUUAAAGUUAUCAUGGUCACUGGUGACCAUCCAAUUACAGCCAAAGCCAUUGCAAAGGGCGUUGGAAUCAUUUCAGAAGGUACUGAAACAGUAGAAGACAUUGCUCAAAGAUUAAACAUCCCAGUUGAAGAGGUGAACAAGAGUGAUGCUAAAGCUGCUGUCGUGCAUGGAUCACAAUUAAAGGACCUUGAUGACGCAGAGAUUGUUGACAUCCUAAAGAACCAUACUGAGAUAGUAUUUGCUCGCACAUCCCCUCAACAAAAGUUAAUCAUUGUUGAAGGUUGCCAACGUAUUGGUUCUAUUGUGGCUGUGACAGGAGAUGGUGUGAAUGAUUCACCUGCCCUCAAGAAAGCUGAUAUUGGUGUUGCCAUGGGUAUUGCUGGUUCUGAUGUAUCCAAACAAGCUGCUGACAUGAUUUUACUAGAUGACAAUUUUGCAUCAAUCGUUACUGGUGUUGAGGAAGGUCGAUUAAUUUUCGAUAACCUGAAAAAGUCCAUUGCCUACACAUUGACGAGUAACAUUCCUGAAAUUUCGCCAUUUUUGAUGUUUAUCCUGUUGAGUAUUCCCUUACCACUUGGUACUAUCACCAUUUUGUGUAUUGACUUGGGUACUGAUCUGGUUCCUGCUAUUUCACUUGCCUAUGAGAAAGCUGAAACUGAUAUAAUGAAGCGUGCUCCACGAGAUCCAAUAAAAGAUAAACUUGUGAAUGAACGAUUAAUCAGUUUGGCGUAUGGUCAAAUUGGUAUGAUUCAGGCUAUAGCGGGUUUCUUCACCUACUUUGUUAUCAUGGCUGAAAAUGGAUUCCUUCCUACAUUUUUAAUUGGUCUUCGUGCGAAAUGGGAUGACAAAAGCAUAAACAACUUAGAAGACUCCUAUGGCAGCGAAUGGACAUACAUUCAACGUAAAAAUCUAGAGCUGACUUGCCAUACUGCUUUUUUUACUACUAUUGUUGUCGUGCAAUGGGCUGAUGUAAUUAUCAGUAAAACUCGAAGGUUGUCCGUGUUCCAGCAGGGAAUGACAAAUUGGAUGUUGAAUUUUGGCUUGGUCUUCGAAACUGUCCUAGCUGCUUUCCUUCAGUACACACCCGGUCUUAACAUUGGGUUAAGGUUGAGACCAAUGAACUUCUCAUGGUGGUUUUGUGGUGUCCCGUUCAGUUUGCUUAUCUUCGUUUAUGACGAAUGUCGAAGAUAUUUGUUAAGAAAGAAUCCAGAUGGUUGGGUGCGCCAAGAAACCUACUACUAAACAGCCAGCCUACCUCGAAUGAAUACGAAAUGGAAUUGUAUUAAGGACUGACCAAACGGAAAAUAUUGAUUUAUAGUUUUAUUUGUUUUUAACAGCAAGGGUUAUGCUGUCUUGAGUGCCAUUAAUUUCGUCGAUGUUUUUGAUUUUUUUGUUACAUUACAGUUAAUACGUCUAUUAUUUUAAUCACGCAAGUGUGUACGUCAUGUCAAUAACAGCAGCACAUGUUUAAAUUGAAGCGCUCGAAUUAAGUAGAUGUGUAUUGUAUAUGAGAAGUUUCAUUGUCAUGGAUUGAAGGUGUACUUUUUUUAUUUCGAAUGUGUCUAAAAUGUUA